GGUAGGGUAAAUGAGGUAGGUCGAAGGAUAAUUGCCGGAAAUGAGGCUGUGGCUCCGGGCUGCGGAGAUGCUAAGUGGGAGAGCAAUUGUUGACGAGCCAUUGUCGCUGUGCCUACUAAUCUGCGAGGGGAGGGGAGGAGACAAGGGAGACCAGGGUUGGACACUGAGCGUGGAAGAAGUGUGAGCGAGCCAGGGAGCGCUCUCGACGCGCGAGGGCGGGAGGCGGCUACCCGGGUCCUCCGCGCCGAGAAAGGGGCAGCAGGAGGCGGCGCGGGCCCCGCCCCCUCCCCUGGCGGGCGCGGGCGCGAGACGCUGCGCGGCGGCAGCGGCGGGCGCGAGCAGCAGCUGUCAGGCCACCGAGGUCCAAGCUGCACUUGCCGCCCCGUGGAGGACGAGGAGGAGGCAGGAGCGCUGACGGUGUCGCCGAGGAGCCGGACUGCCGGCACGCAGAGCCGACCGGCCUGGCCCCCGCGGCCCUCUCCCGCCUCUCUCCCAUUGUGUUGGAAUCCUAAAAAGAAAGAAUAUAACAACAACAAGAAAAAGACUUAAGAUUGUGACAAAGACCCAACUGGGUUUAUAUUUUAUUUUCUUCUGGGCUCUCUUGGUUAUAUACUCCUUUCCAUCUGGUGCUGCAACAAUGAGUGGGAAAUCCCUGCUCUUAAAGGUCAUUCUCUUGGGUGAUGGUGGCGUUGGGAAAAGCUCACUCAUGAACCGUUAUGUAACCAAUAAAUUUGACUCUCAGGCUUUUCACACCAUAGGGGUAGAGUUCUUAAAUCGAGAUCUGGAGGUAGAUGGACGUUUUGUAACUCUCCAGAUCUGGGACACUGCAGGGCAGGAACGUUUCAAGAGCCUUAGGACACCCUUCUACAGGGGAGCAGACUGCUGCCUCUUGACCUUCAGCGUGGAUGACCGGCAGAGCUUUGAGAACCUUGGUAAUUGGCAGAAAGAAUUCAUCUACUACGCAGAUGUGAAAGACCCUGAGCACUUCCCCUUUGUAGUUCUGGGUAACAAGGUAGACAAAGAGGAUAGGCAAGUGACUACUGAGGAGGCGCAGGCCUGGUGCAUGGAGAAUGGAGAUUACCCUUACCUAGAAACAAGUGCCAAAGAUGAUACUAACGUGACAGUGGCCUUUGAAGAAGCGGUCAGGCAGGUGUUGGCUGUAGAGGAACAGCUGGAGCAUUGCAUGUUAGGUCACACUAUUGACUUGAACAGUGGCUCCAAAUCAGGAUCUUCAUGCUGUUAAAAGUAGGAAGCCUUUUCAAAGUGUGCCCCAAAUUGGUCAGUCAGUAGCAUAAGAAUAACUGUGCCCCUCUAAGAGAGCACACACAUACAAAAAGGUGCGAGAUAAGGUUAUGAUGGUGAAUCAGAGCCUUUCAAAUUGAAGUUGUAGAGAGAUUUAAAAAAAAAAGCUUUAUCAAGCCAAGUGUAUUUUGCGUGAUUUCUGCUAUUUCCUUCUUGUGUGUAUCGGGACACUUCAGAAAGCUUUAGUCCUGAGAGAUUUAAAUAUUUUUCAAAUCACAGUUUAAACUUAGAAACCAGCCGCAUGAAGGAGUUAAAGAGCUACAGCUAUCCCUUAAAGCGUUCCAUUUAUCAACUAACAAAUGUCACCAUCAACUCUUGCCAAGCAGUUUCUGACAUGUCUGUCAAGGGGAAAAAAAAUAAGACUCUGAGCCGUAUUACAAUAAAAAUAAUAAUGCAAACAAAGAUGUUCUAAGCUUGAAUUAUAAAGAGGUUAUAAUGAUUAGAAAUGCAAAAGUAUAAUGAUGUACACUGCCUUGUUUAAAUCCUUAUGUGUGAUUUGCUCCCAGCUGAGCUUUUCAAGAAAUACUGUCUCAAGAAGAGAUACACUAACGACAUAGGAAAUUUAUUAUACUCCUUGUGUUUAAAGUAACAGGGUACUAGUGAAUGGAUUAUGCUCAAAUAUGCCAACCACCCUUGCAAAUAAAUGGUUGGUCUGCUUUCACGUCAUAAGUCUACUUUUGCUGUGCAGGGAUGUUGCUUCUCUGGCAACCUCGUAUCAAUUUAACAAUGCUGUUUAGUAUAUGACUUUGGACACACUGCACUCUGCUCAUAAUUUUGAUGGUCCUUUGGUCCACAAUACUUCUCUCAGAGAAGCCUUCAGAACAGAUGGGAGGA